AUGGCAGAAGUAAUCGCCAACAUUGCCUCCGAUUCUCUCGACAAAUCCCCGUCCUCUUCCGCUCCACCUCCACCUCCUCCACCACCUCCUCCCACCUCAUCCGCUGCUGAUUCCGAUCUCCCCCCGUCUCAUCAUCCGCCUCCACACCCUUCCUACCGCCGUGGUAGGGACCGCAGAGAUGAUAGAGAUUUCGAUCGUCCUCCUAAUCGCCGCGAUUACUAUGAGCGAAACAUGUCACCGCCGCCAAAAGAUAGAGAUAGAGAAUUCAAGCGCAGGCGUACUCCCAGUCCUCCGUAUCGUGACCGCCGCCAUUCCCCACCGCGGCGUUCCCCUCCGCAUUACAACUACAAGCGCUCUAGGAGAGGAGGCAGCCCCCGAGGCGGUUAUGGGCCCGAUGACAGAAGAUCCGGGUAUGAUCAUUAUGGUGGUUAUGAUAGGGGUGGAAGAGGUGGUUAUGCUGAUGACAGGUCUUAUGGCAGGUUUGGACACCGUUCUGGAGCAGGGUAUCAAAAUGGGAUCUCUGAUAUGGAAUCAAAUCGUGCUUACCCAAACUUUCGAAGUAGCGGUGCACAAAGAGAAGGGUUGUUGUCCUAUAAACAAUUCAUUCAGGAGCUUGAGGAUGAUAUACUACCGGCUGAAGCAGAACGUAGGUAUCAAGAAUAUAGAUCAGGGUACAUUUCUACCCAAAAAAGAGCUUAUUUCAAUGCUCAUAAGGAUGAGGAGUGGUUGAAAGAUAAAUACCAUCCGACAAAUUUGCUUAAAGUCAUUGAAAGGAGGAAUGAAAGUGCUCAACAGCUGGCAAAAGAUUUUCUGCUUGAUUUGCAGAAUGGAACUAUUGAUCUAAAUCCAGGUUUAAGUGCCUCUUCAUCCAGCAAAUCAGCGCAAGCUAGCGAACCAAAUUCAGAGGAGGAAGCAGAUGGCAAACGGAGAAGACAUGGAAGGGGUUUUAAUAAACAAAGUGAUUUCACAGCUGCUCCAACGACCCAUCCCAUCAGUUCUGAACCUAGACGAAUACAAGCAGAUGUUCAACUGUCUCAGGCCCUUGUUCGCAAGCUUGAUGCAGAAAAGGGGAUUGGAGAUAAUAUUUUAUGCAGCAGUGAUCAUAAUAAAAACAGUGAUAAGUCUCACAGUGGAUCUGUGGGUCCAGUAGUAAUUAUACGAGGCCUAACAUCUGUUAAGGGUUUAGAGGGUGUUGAGCUUUUGGACACACUUGUUACAUAUCUAUGGCGGAUUCAUGGUGUAGAUUAUUAUGGCAUGAUUGAGACUAAUGAGGCUAAGGGUUUUAGGCAUGUGAGGCCAGAAAGAACAGCACAUGAAGAAACAGGUAAGUCAGGGUCAGAAUGGGAAAAAAAACUUGACUCAUUUUGGCAGGGAAGGUUGAAUGGUCAGGAUCCAUUGGAAGUAAUGGCUGCUAAGGAGAAAAUAGAUGCAGCAGCAGUUGAAGUGUUGGAUCCAUAUGUUAGAAAAAUCAGGGAUGAAAAGUAUGGAUGGAAGUAUGGUUGUGGAGCCAAGGGCUGCACAAAGCUUUUUCAUGCUGCUGAAUUUGUGUACAAACAUCUGAAGCUGAAGCACACAGAGCUUGCUGUUGAACAAACUUCUAAACUGUGCGAGGAUCUCUAUACUCAAAAUUACAUGAAUGAUCCAGAGGCUCCCGGUGGAAAGCCUGUCAUGCAGCAAUCUCAGGACAAGCCUUUAAAGCAAAGGUUAGGCCUGGAGGGCCGAUUGAGAGAUGAUCGUGGUAAUCAUCGAGACCAUGAACGGAAUGACAGAAUAAAUGGAGAUAAACCUGAUUCCCCAUCCCGUGAAAGGCAGUCUAAAGCACUUGAGAUGGGAGACCACAAUGAAACAAUGUACGACACUUAUGCAGGGCAUGGUGUACCUCCUUUUGCCUCAGAUAUGCCUCCUCCGCCAGUAUUGAUGCCUGUACCUGGUGCUGGGCCAUUAGGACCCUUUGUUCCUGCUCCACCAGAAGUUGCAAUGCAGAUGCUAAGAGAGCAAGGAGGACCAUCUUCAUAUGAUACCUCUGGAAGAACGAUGCUGUCUGGCCCUCAUAUGGGUGGACAGGCACCAAUAAUUGCUGUAAAUCCGGCAUUUAGACCAGAUCCUCGGCAGAUGCGAAGUUAUCAAGAUUUGGAUGCUCCAGAUGACGAGGUCACUGUGAUAGACUAUCGGAGUUUGUAA